UGGGCCAGCUGACGCAUCGAAGAUGAAGCAAGGUUGACACAGCGAUGAUGCAGUCGAUGAUACAUCUGAUAUCUGGCCAUAGAUCACGUCUGCGCGCACGCUGCCCGCUUUGGCUAGUGCACAAAAGCUCACGCAGCUGAAAUCGAGUAUUUAAGUCCAGUUCUUUUGGAGCGCUGAGUUCAGUUGGAGAGCCCGAGCAGAGAUCACACAUCAAGCUAACUUAACAUAUCAGAAUGGGCGCCCCUGCCAACUCUGUUUGGCUGCCGCCGCUGCUAAUGCUAACGGUAAUGGCAUUGGCACAGCUGGCAAUAGGGCAGAAGAAUGACACCAUCAGCAGCAGCAGCAGCAGCAGUCCGAGCAGCCUCAGCAGCAGCACCACAAUCCGUCCCAGCUCCGAUGCUGAUUUGGUAAUUGGCGGUGAUCUCAAUAAGGCAGCUCGUGUUGAGGAGAUGGACAAGGCGCUGGAGACAGACCUGGAUAGCAAUGCGGUGACACCGAAGGUUGCUGAAGAUGGUCAGUACGAUGUGAUCGAUGUUAUGGCCGCCACAAGCGCCGGAGUCGGCAAGCCCAAGAGCGGCCAGACGACGCGCAUCUAUACCACCGGCGAAGUGAACGAUGAUUUCUGGCUGAAGCAUUUGGGCGACGACUUCAAGCAUGCCAUUCACCUGCAGGUGGGCGGCACCAAUGAGGACUACAAUCGCAUCAUCAAUCAGACCAACAAUGGUGUGCAUGAGGAGGUGCAUCAUGAGUAUUUGCCGGGUGCCGAGCGGCCGCCAGAGGUGCAACAGCAGGAACAGCAGCAGCGACAGCAGCAGCAGCAGCAGCAGCAACAGCAGCAGCAACAUUUCAGUAGAUCCGCUGGCUAUGGUCACCCUAAUUUGGUCACCCAGUUGAGUCUCGAUGGCGAGGCAAUGUCGCUCAAAGCCAACUACCAUAGGCAGCAGGCGGAGCACCAGAGGCAGCUAUACGAAAGGGGCUAUGCAUUGCCCAACACACAAUACAACACACACACAGUUUAUAGGCACCCACAACACCCACAACACACACAACAGUCACAACACACGCAACACACACAACACAAACAACACUCACACACACAGGCUGGCAAGUCGGCCAAUGGCUUGCGCCAUCGCUACAAAUCCAAUCCAGCUGCAUCGGAAACCUCGCCUCCUGCCAGCUACAUCAGCUCCAGCGAGGACACCUUGCACGCCGAACAGUCUCAGGCCGCGCCCAGCUCGAGUGUCGCACGCUCCGAGGACUUCGAUGGCCAGCUGCCCUUCAAGUCGGCGUUCAACGAUUUCGGCAGUCGACCCACUCGCGAUCUAACCUAUUUGCUUUAUAAGCGCGGACUCUGAGCGCCGGAGACUAAAUAAGUUUAGCAUUUAAUAAGUCAAUAAA